AUGAAUAUGAAGAACAUACCUAUAGUUGGUUAUUGUCGGAUUGAUAUAAAUCUAUUAUUUCUAAUCGUAUCGGUUGGAACAAAAUUCCAGAAUAUCAACCAGUACGACAGCUUUCAUCGCGCAAUUAUGCCUGUCUUGGUCAUGAUUCAGUGUUUCGGUAUCAUGCCAGUUGUUGGAGUUACGAGUAGCGAUGUUAGACAAGUUCGGUACAAAACCAAGUCCUUCAGAUUUGCCUACAGUCUUUUCACGUUGUUGUGUAUUUUGCUCGAAAGUGUCUCCGCACUUGUAACAAUGGGCGAAAUUAGGUUGAAUAACAUUGAUACAAUUUUCUAUCGACUUUCUUCGAUGUUCGGUACUUACCAAUUUUUCCUUUUUGCGAAGAAAUGGCCAGAAUUCAUCCGAAAAUGGACACGACAUGAAAUGGUAUUUCUCGGAAAAAUUUAUAAAAAUCACGGAAAGACCUUGAAAUUCAAAAUUCGCGUGGUUGCUGUAGUUAUUUUCACUUUAGCCUUCACUGAGCACAUUUUAUACCUUUUUUCGCAAGGAUUCGCCAUGGAAUACAAGAUGGAAAAGUGCAAUCUUACCGUCCCAAAUAUCGUCGAGCAUUAUUAUCGCGUUAAUCGACGUCAUAUUUUCGUUGUUUUUCCUUUCUACCAUGACACGAUGGUUGUCUGGAUGGUCUGGCUGAACUUUGUCAUCACCGUCAUUUGGAAUUUCAUGGAUAUUUUUACGGCUUUGGUGGGUAUCGCCUUGUCUCAUCGCAUAAAUCAGCUGAAUCGGAAGAUUCGUGAAGCAACAAGGCAGAAAAAUAUGCAAAAUUCGGACUUGUUUUGGUAUCAAAUACGAACGCAUUUUGUUCAGAUAACGGAUUUGGUGGAUUACAGCGUGAAGGAGAUUUCGCAAGUGGUUAUUUCGGCACUCGCAUGUGACAUGUACUUUAUUUGCUUGCAGUUUUUUAAUCUUUUCAAGAAGAGACCUUACCAAAUAAACUACAUUUUCUUCUUUUUCUCGACAUCUUUUUUCAUUGUGAGGACCUUUACUGCCGUUUAUUGUGCCUCGAUGAUACAUGACUCGGCGCAACAAGCCUUGAAUUACAUUCGGAUGGUUCCUUCGUUGGAAUACAGUCUCGAUUUAAAACGCUUCUUUGAGCAUAUUCGAUGGGACAUUAUUGCAUAUUCCGGCAAGAAAUUCUUCUUUUUGACUCGCGGAGCACUUUUGACGAUGGGAGGCUACAUUUUCACCUAUGAGCUCUUAUUGACAAGCGAAAAAGGAAAGUUUAAUGAAACUUUUGAUUGUAGAACGGCUUAAAACGAG